ACAAUGGACUCUGUGGGACAAAGUCACGGACUCCAACACCGCAAUUCAGGGGCUACUUUACCAACUACGGGCAAACUUGCAUCUCGUGACGACAACUACUAGACACAAGCUGGGCAUACUUACUUUCUCAAACUUUGUGGUUCAUCAUCAUCCCAACUAGAAGACUCAUCAUAUGAGCGAAGGUCUUCAUAAGUCGUACAAAUUUUAAUCUUGAGCUAUCGGGAUUGUUUGCGAUCCUCAAGAUUAUCUCGAGACCGGUAUACUAACACGGGGUCUCGUCCCCUACACGUGGCCGGCUUAAGCCUGUGGUGAGCUCACUUAUCUUAUAAUACAUCACGGAUGCAGGCAGGAGCGUAAUGAGCACCUGAGAGGGUCAGAGCACUUGUGCGGCUUCCAUGAGGCCAGCCUUGAUGCUCAACAAAAGCAGCCGAACCCACUUUCCGUUCACUCCAUCCUUCUUCCCCCUAAACAACGAAGAUCCACUAUCAUGAGUGGUCCCAAUCAGCUCAAGGAGUCGGGAAAUUUCCAUCUUGGCUUCAGCGCCCUCCCUCAGUAUGGCUUCGGCCCUGACCUCACUUUCGAUUCUCUCGUCGACCACAACCCCUUCCUCUUCCGAGUAUACACACCGAAACCUCUAUCACCGUUUUUUGAUAGCUCUGAGCCCUAUUUCAUCGGGCAGAAGUUCAAGCACAACUAUAGGUACUCUGUGCAAGAUUUUCAACUAAUGAGUCCAACGGGGACCAAACCAGAUCAAGCAGGCUUGAUGAAUUCUGGUUCUUACGCGGACGUCGCAAACCAUAUGGACUGGACGAAGAAGUCGUCGUCUCCGUAUGUGUCGACCUCAUUUAGCUUUGCGUGGGCCAUCUGGGAGGCGACCAGGCGGUAUAGAGGGAACACGGGACAUGGCGUGGAGAUCGCUGUAAUCGAUGCAAGGGCAGUCGCUGGUCGAGCUGUCACUGCCUUGGAGUUACUGCGAAAGGGCUCUCCGAAUGAGCGUCAUCCAGAUCACUGGAAAUGGUAUCGGUUUGCGACGGAAGCGCAGGAUGUUCUGGUCUACGGAUAUGUUCCAGGCACCGCUGUUCUCGCCUCUAUCCCUAUCCUCUCCAUUCUCCCGAAACUCCCUUCCUAUUUCCUCCGCCCCGAUUCUGAUGAGGUCUCCUUCGACAAACAUGGCGUAUUCGACGACCUUUCGUGGGAUGUAUCAGCACAAUAUCCGAGCUACCAGCACUUCUGUCAGCAGAUGUCCGAGCAGUUUCUCCGGUCAUCCGUUGACGUUCGUCUAAGGGACACAACUGCAGGCGCCGUGCGUCUUGCGAUGUGUUUCCUUCGUCCAUGGUUUCAGAAGCAUGCGUUGAAGGAUUUCCAUGGAUGUGUGGACACCGUAGCAGAGCUGGCAUAUAUCAUGGCGCGCUGGCCCGGGCAGUGGUGGGUUCGUGAACACACGGAAAUCUGGGAUCUCGUACAAUCGAUGGUGCACGUCAUCGGCGAGGAGGUCCGCGAGGCACAGCGCAUCCACGCGCUGGGGGAGGUCACGCGUUUACAGGAUGUCGUCAGCGAGUUGCAGCUGUUGACGGACGAGUAUGUCUCGACGCACUCACGGCAAGGGUCAAUGACCAUCGAGCCGUCCGAAAUCGACGAUCCACAGUCUGCCCUGGUGCCCUACAACCCCAAGGAGCCAGCGUUUCCAGUAUUGGAAAACGAACAUCCCGACCUUUCACAGACUUCGGCCCCAUCGACGGCCGAAACGGCAUCGUGCGUCCUUACGAGCUUCUUGUUCGGGGCGUUUGCGGCACUCUUUCUCAUCAACUCCCAGAGGCGGGAACUCGCACUCCAUUUCACAUGAUACUACCGCAUUCGCUAUCGUGUUCGACAACGGCGACGAUGAUGACACAGACACUGAAUCUGACAUCGACUCGGACCUCGAUAGUGAGUUCAGCUCCGAGUCUGAUGUCACUUCCGACACGGACUCGGAGUGGAGCUGUUCAACCUGUUCGAGCAUCGCGUCUUUCAGCACUCUGGAGUCGCCACGAGGUUGAAUCAAUGUAUCUGUAGAGGCGGUUGGGUCAGGCGACGCCGUUCAUGAUUCCACACGAUUCGAGAGCUUGAAGUUAAAUUAUCUCUUUGCUUUCUCUGACACAUUGUAUAACGAUAUUUUGGCUGGUGCCGACACAUGUGAUAGUAGUUGUUGUACCCCUUUACAUACUAGAUGUAUUUACGAACAAUUUGAUAGAUAUCGUGGAGGACGAAGGGCAAGAAUACUGUUCCGCAGACGCC